GCGACGACGACGACAAUGCAACAGUUGAUCUGAGCUUCCAGUUGUCCAGCAGCAGCGAAGCAGCGGCAACGCACACUCGCAAUGAUCAUCAAUCCCCCACCCAGAUGGGGAUUACGCGGAGAAGACGUACGUUGGUCUGUGCAGGCCGCAAGACGACUGUCUGCCUCAAUCGCUUCACGAUGGUGGCGGGAAUCAAAAUGUGUCAUUGACGAACGGCAGAAGGGGAGUCGGCGCGGAUCAACGUCCGGAGUGAAUGCGCUUAUCACCUCCGUCGCGAAGCGGAUCCGGGAGUCCUCGAGAACGGAGGGACAUGAGGAUUUUCCUGAGGGAGGUGCGCACGUUGAACGCAACGGCAGGCAGCUGUGGGCAGAGUGCAGGCAGACCUUCGGUCAAGCUGGAGCGGAGACAAUAACGAGAGGGGUGCAACGGCUCCACGUCGACGAAGGCGAUGACGCGGCUGUUGAGGAGCCCCUGGACUGUGACAACGUUAAGGGUGAUGAGGAUUGCAACUCUGACGAUUUGCCUGAGAUUAGACCCCUUGGGAGGAAGGUGAGGAAUGGCGGUGCGAGUGCGAAGAAUGGUCCCGCUCCGAGAAAUCGAUGGGAUAAGAAAAUGGAUGACGACACCGGCGGGAGCGAUGGCAAGUUUCGCCCCCAUGAAAAGCAGGGAAUGGAGGUGGGAGGACGUGCGGGCGAGGUUUCAGACGAUAAGCGUCACGAGGAAGGGCAUCGACUCAGGAAGAAAUGGGACAACUUGAUGGAGCAAUUCAAGAAGGUUCACAAGUUUCAGAACCUUUCUGGCGGGAAAAACUACUUCGAGCUUGCUUCAUCAGCCGAGCGAUCGGAGUGCUUCAACUUCGUCAUGGACUGGAGUGUGUAUGACGAGAUGGAGGCCAUGACGAAGGGGGAUCACACGAUCCACCCAAAGAAUUUGGCGGACAUGGAAGCUGCAGGAUUUGUGGUGGCGCGUUUGGAUAACGGAUUGUUGACGGCCUUUCCCUUCGUUGCGCACAUGUACAACAUGUCGCUCCUGCGUGUAGACGCCCGACGUUUUUGGUCGUCCACUCUGGCAGGGGUGAUUUGUGACUUCGCUCGUCAUCGUCUGUGGAUGUGGUUAGUGUGUCGGUGCUGCAAGUAGAGGAGUGACGAUAGACGACGUUGUCUUCAACACGUUGUAGGAGGGAUUUCGAUUUUUGUGAUCAUGUUGUGUAUUGUUGUCAGCGCAGCUUGCUGCGAAACAAGUUGAUUGCGCUUAGACCGCACCUUUAAUUUUUUAAUCUUGGGUCUUUUGUUUUCGUCAGUUCGCUGGCGAGACUAAUUAGUCAUUGAACAGUUUGAAUAGUCGUUCUCAUUAAACAUGAAUACUUGUUCGCUUGUUCGAUGUGCAUGCACGCAUUUCAUCUUGAUUUGCUUAUGUUAUUGUCGCUCAUUUGUUUGUUGUUUUCGUUUUUUUUUUCUUUCCGUUUUCCCAAUGCCAACCAAAAACCGUGUUUGUGUUUUAUUUCAACAGGCUAAGGAAGACAAAGCGCACAACCCCAUACAGCAUACGAAGUCCGAGAAAACGUGUUGUGAACAUGCAAUGGCACAGUGCAUCUUCGUCCGUGUUGAUCAUCGCAAUGAAAUAGCAACACAAAC